AUGACAGCUAACAAGUAUUCCGUUAUUUUACCGACUUACAAUGAGAGAAGGAACUUGCCCAUCCUUGUCUACUUGUUGAAUAAAACAUUUACCGAAAACAAAUUGGACUGGGAGGUGGUUAUCGUCGACGACAAUUCUCCUGACGGGACACAAGAGAUUGCCAAAAAAUUAAUUGACAUUUUCGGCCCCGAACACAUUCAAUUACGUCCAAGAGCUGGUAAGUUAGGAUUGGGUACCGCCUACGUUCAUGGUUUGCAGUAUGUCACUGGAAACUUUGUAAUCAUUAUGGACGCAGACUUUAGCCACCACCCAGAAGCUAUCCCUGAAUUCAUUGCUAAGCAAAAGACCGAGGACUAUGACAUAGUUACUGGAACUAGAUAUGCAGGAGAUGGGGGUGUUUAUGGCUGGGAUUUCAAGAGAAAGUUAAUUUCAAGGGGUGCCAACUUUCUAGCCACUGUAGUACUCAGACCGAAUGUCAGUGAUUUGACUGGAAGUUUCAGAUUGUACAAGACACCAGUGUUGAAAAAGAUUAUUGAUGUUACUCAGUCUAAGGGGUACGUUUUCCAAAUGGAAAUGAUGGUGAGAGCUAGAAGCUUGGGCUUUACUGUGGGUGAAGUGCCAAUCAGCUUCGUAGAUAGAUUAUACGGUGAGAGUAAGCUAGGCGGUGAUGAGAUUGUGCAGUAUGCUAAAGGUGUUUGGUCUUUAUUUACCAGUGUUUAG